UGCCCCAACUCACUCCCAAGCUUCUGCUUCUUCUUCUUCUUCCAGCUAGAGAUCGAUCGAGCAGCUAGAUAGCUGCAAGAUGGCCUCCUUCGUCGUCGAGUGCCUGGGGUGGCUCGUCGUCGGCCUCUUCUCCCUGUACAUCUUCCAGCUGCUCCGCGAUGCUCGGCGGCGCCUCCCCCCGGGCCCCUGGCCGCCGAAGCCGCUCGUCGGCGACCUCCUCGACCUCGGCGAGGACGGGCAGCAGCACCGGACCUUCCUGCGCCUGUCCGAGCGCUACGGCGGCCUGAUGUGCCUCCGCUUCGGCAUGGUGCCGCACGUGAUCAUCUCCACGCCGGAGGCGCUCCGCGCGGUCUUCCACGCCGGGGAGGGCGGCAAGAAGGCCGACGGCAUCGCGGGGCUCCCGAGCCUCGACGUGCUCAGCGCCAUGGGCCACAGCGCGCACACCAUCUUCGCGCUCCCGAGCCAGGACGGCAAGUGGCGCGCGCUCCGCAAGUUCGCCGCCGCCGAGAUGCUCGCGCCGCGCCGGAUCUCCUCGGGCGCCGGCGCGCAGCUGCAGACCAAGAUCGUGGAGGCGCUCCACCGGGACGUGUCCGGCCACGCGGCACGCGGCACCCCGGUGGUGUUCCGGCACGCCGUGCUCGACAACAUCCUGAGCCUGCUGCUGAGCGUGCUCUACUCCACGGACCUCGAGGCCAAGGAGCGGGCCGUGUUCCGGGACCUCAUCGAGGAGAUCGUCGGGAUGCUCGGCACGGCCAACGUCUCCGACGUGUUCCCGCCACUCACCGCCCUCGACCUCCAGGGCCUGCGCCGCCGGAUGACCAACCUCCUCACCAUCAUGUACCGCCACUUCGACGAGCAGGUCGCCCUGCGCCGCCGCAGCCGCGACGCCGGGGAGCCGCGCAAGAACGACGUGCUCGACACGGUCCUCGACAAGGAGGAGGGCGAGUGGAAGCAGGAGGGGUCCCUGCUCAGCCAUGACGUCAUGAGAGUCCUCCUCUCCGAUUUGUACGGCGCCGGAGCGAGCACGACGGCGGCUCUCAUCGAGUGGGGCAUGGUGGACCUGCUCCAGAACCCGGACGUGAUGCGCAAGGUCAGGGAGGAGCUCACCAGCGUCCUCGGCGACAAGCCGCUGAUGGAGGAGUCCGACAUCGCCCGGCUGCCGUACCUCCAGGCCGUCGUCAAGGAGAUCCUCCGCCUACGGAUGGUGGUGCCGCUGGUGCCCCGCAAGGCGGAGGUCGACAUCGAGGUGAACGGCUACCGGAUCCCCAAGGGCACCAACGUGAUCCUGAACGCGUGGGCGAUCAACCGGAGCGCCGCCGCGUGGCCGGACGCCGACAGGUUCGUCCCGGAGAGGUUCCUCGGCGGCGAGACCAGGAGCUACCUGGGCCAGGACUUCGAGAUGAUCCCGUUCGGCCUCGGCCGCCGCAUCUGCCCCGGGAUGCCGCUCGCGCAGAAGCUGAUACCGCUGAUCCUUGGCACGCUGAUCCAUCGCUUCGAGUGGGAGCUCCCAGCCGAGGUCAGAGAGAGCGGGAUCGACAUGAAGGAGAAGUGUGGGGUGGUGCUGUCUCUCGUCAACCCCCUCACGGCCAUACCCAAGGAGAUAUGAUCGACUUCGACUUCUCUCCAUGGCUCGAUCGUUUCGCCCGGCCGGUAAACUGAAAGUUUUGGUCCAUGCAUGUCUGAUGAGCUGCUCGAUCUCCGCAGCCUUACAAUGUUCCUGUCUUUUUUUUUCUUUUAGUACGUGAGAGUAUUUUAUUACAUGUGAUCUGUAUGUAGGAACGUUAUUACAUAUCACAUUGAAAUAAAAUGAGAUUAUCUAAACUCGGUGCAGUUGCGCGAGGGUUCCAA